AUGAGCGUCCAAGACACGAAGUUGGUAGAGCAGCUAUUCCUGGAUAUCCCUAUAAGCGAAGUCCUCCAUCCUACGGAGGGAACUCCUGUCUUCGAGCCCUGGGCAAGCUCAUAUGUUAAAUCAAUUCGCGAAUCAAGAUUCGGCGACGCAAUCUGGGCCCGGUAUCAAAUGCUUGGGCAGGUAGUUAAUGGGUUGUGCAGAGGGAAGACCAUUGUUGAGAGGAUCACUGAAGAUGCGAUGGGCUACAAAAAAUACUCAUCCGAAUUUUACACCGAGGCCGUCGCUUUUUACAGGGCUAACAACAACAGCUCUGACGGCCAUCCCGAGGUAAUUGACAUUAUCUUGCGGGUCGACACCGAAGACCUUACUGGGAAGCAUAUCCCUGAGGACGGCUGA